GUAUUCAUAUUCUUUCUCCUGGGAAAUAGGGUUAUCCACACCCACUACCAAUUUUUUUAGGCUGAAGUUUGAAUUUCCAUUUCAAAUUGAUUAAAGAGAGUCACAUAAGGAUCAAUUGAGUCAUGGCGGAAUAUCAAAAAACAAAAGAAACGCAUCUGAAGAACACACAGCACAGAGAAGGAAGCAGCUAAACGAAGAGGAAGAUGAAGGCGUUAGGGUAUUGGCUAAUGGUGGUUGGUUCACUGAGAUUAGCUUCAGUUUGGUUUGGUUUCUUCAACAUUUGGGCUCUUCGUCUCGCUGUCUUCUCUCAGACCACCAUGAGUGAAGUUCAUGGACGUACGUUCGGAGUAUGGACACUCCUGACAUGCACCCUCUGCUUUCUUUGUGCAUUCAACCCCGGGAACAAACCGUUAUACCUGGCUACGUUUCUCUCAUUCAUCUACGCCUUGGGCCAUUUUCUGACUGAGUACCUCUUCUACCAUACAAUGACCGUCGCCAACCUCUCAACCGUGGCCUUCUUUGCAGGCACGUCGAUUGUGUGGAUGCUCUGGGAGUGGAACUCCCUUGAACAACCGCACUCCAAACUUUCUUGAUGUUUUUUCAAGAAGACAUGUAACUGAUUAUUUCUUCUUUGAAACUUUUUUCUAAGAGUUGGAAUCAUCUCCUCCGGCUUUUUGCUCGGAUUCCUAAAGCUGUUGAUUUAUAUUUCAUCUUCCAUCUUUGAUAAGAGUCUUAAGGAGACUUGUAGGACUUGUCAUCUUCUAUGGCUCAAAGUUGUCAAAUCAUGUAUUGUAUGACAUCUACUGCAGCUGAAUUGAUUGUUUUCACUUGUAAUGUUUUCCAAUUGUGAGCGAUAAAUCUUUGUA